AUGAGCAAGGCUGACAUUGAGUUCCUAAAUAAUGAAAGUAUGAUGUGGCGGUGUGAUCCCUGCAGCAAAAAGCGGCGCAGUAGCCUAAGAUUAGAGUCACAAGCUACAGAGGGUAAACUAACUUUAGAGGAUUUAAUGAAAGCAAUAAAUGAACUAAAAUGUGAUCAUAAGACAAAUGUUACUGAAUUCAAUACAUCCUAUGAAUUGAUGAAUAGCAAGAUUGAUGAAAAUACCUCUGCCCUGAAAGAGAACACGGUGAAAAUUAUAGAGUACCUCGAUAGGAUUGAUGCUCUCACAGCAGAAAAUAAACAGCUCAAAGAUAAAGUUUUCAACUUAGAGCAGAAGGUUGAAGACAUGGAGCAGUAUUCUAGGCGUAACUGUGUGGAGCUUCAAGGUGUACCUGUGGUAGGCAAUGUGCUAGACACAGUGAAGGAAGUGGGAAAGGCUCUUGGUAUGGAAGUAACUGAUACCAUGGUUGAUGCAUGCCACACUCUAGCAAAACGAUCCAGUGAUUCAAAGCCACCUGGAAUCAUUAUAAAAUUUGUUAGGAGGUUUGAUGCGGAAAAUAUGAUGGCCAAAAGAAGAGCAAAGAAGGACUUUUCAACUCGGCACAUAGGUUUAACAAGUGACGAACCAAUUUAUGUCAAUGAGUCUCUUACUCCAACCAGAAGAAGACUGCUCGGUAUGACCAGGGACUAUAAGAAAAAGAACAAUUACCAUUUUGUGUGGGUGCGAGGAGGUAAAAUCUUUCUGCGAAAAGAUGAAAAGGGACCCGUUUCUGUGAUAAGGUGCCAGGCUGACCUUGACAACCUUUAG